UCUGUGUGGGAAUUUUUUCUCAGGCUGUUCUUCUUCUUCUCUUCUUCGUCACUUCUUUGGCAGCGAUAUCAUUGGUGUUUCCAUGGAAACACUGGCCUCUAUUUGGGGACUUGAGCAUGACCCUGCUGACCUCUGUGGCCUCGAUGAGAGCAGAAGCAUGUCGUCUUUGUGGGAAUCCAAGUGUGCUUUCACUCCCCCUGCUGGCCUGAUGUCGACACAGCAGCUCUCGCCUCACCUCCAGAGGAACAAACAGCUGCAGGAUGCGCUGCUGCAGAGGGAGGAGGAGCUGGCCAGGCUGCAGGAGGAGAACAAAAAACUCAGAGCAUUUCUCACUUCCUCUUUUGUGACAAACCUGCAGGAAAAAGCAAAGAAACUGACAGCAGACAGGAGGAAGAGAAACCAGAGCAUCUUCGAUCAUGAACCCUCCGAGGUCAGAGGUCGUUCGUUCUCCAAACAGAUCACCAAGAGGGUCUGCAGAAACCUUACUGCCGAGUUCUGCUGUGAGUCCUCUGCCGGGUCAGCCUCUCCAGAACCAAAGCUGGAUCUCUGGGUGCUGCGAAUGUUGGGCCUGAAGGACCAGAACACCAUUGACACGUCCAGCGAAUCAGAGUCCAGCUUGACAGAUCUGGUGUACAGCGACGCCUUCGGUUCCCCGGUGUCCACACCGUCCUUCGUCCACAGCUCCUGCCAAACCGCCGCAGGGCAGAAGAACCACCCGUCCUCUGAAUGCGCCUUUCCUGCCAGGCCAGCACCACCCUGCUCUGGACCUGCAGGAGCCUCGCCUGGCUCUGCGCUGACGGAGAUCUGCUCCACCAGAGGCUUGCAGCCGCUGGAGUCCAGCUGGACUCCAACCGAGCCGCUUUGCUUCACCUCCAGGUCGUCUUCCUGCUCUGUUCUGUAUAAACCUCAGUCGCCCUGUGGUGGCCGCAGCACUACGCCAUCGCAGUCGCUUCACAAACCGACAGAUUUGGCUUUCAGCAUGUCCCUCAGUCCGUCCAGCAGCGUGAAGACACACAGCUUCCCCCAGGGACAGGCCUUCAUCAGGAAGGACAUGGGGGGCCGCUGGAACUUCACCUGGAUUCCCCGACAGGGACUGUAGCCGACCCUAAGGAACCAUAGCUGACCCCAAGGAACCGUAGCCGACCCCAAGGAACCGUAACCUACCCCAAGGAACCGAAACCGACCUGAAGGAACGGAAACCAACCCCAAGGAACCGUAGCCGACCCCAAGGAACCGUAACCGACCCCAAGGAACCGUAGCCGACCCUAAGGAACCGUAGCCGACCCUAAGGAACCGUAGCCGACCCUAAGGAACCGUAACCGACCCCAAGGAACCGUAACCGACCCCAAGGAACCGUAACCGACCCAAAGGUUCUCCCUGAGACGGCUGCUUUCUUUAAAGUUACUCAAUGAAAACCGAACAGCAAUACUUUGGAUUAUUUAGUUUUUACAAGAGUAAAAAAUGGGGAGUCAUUUUUCAAAGUCUGGUUUCCACCGUGGUAAUAAAUUUAU